AUGUCCCAAGCCAGUCCGGCGAAAAUGCUUCGGUGUGACUUGAGCAGCAAGCUCUCAUCUCCAUCCGUCAACGAGCCAAAGAGCAGCGAUCGUCCUUGCCAACCAAAUCGAAUCCACACGCUCGCACCUCAUCUGCAGGCGCAGGCCAAGGCCAAAGCCAGGAAAGCAGAGGGGGCAGCUGCUCUGAUCUGCGACGGCAACGAAGUCCUGACCACUCCGGAACAGACGGACGCCAUGAGACCUCAGCUGCUGGAGCAGGCUGAGACACAAGCAGCGAGAACGGAUUUUGCUCAGCCCACAAUCAAUGGCGGGAAUUUCCCCUUCUUGGAACAAACGAAGAAGCUCGCAUCUCAUCUGAUGAAGCAACUCGAGGCGAAGAGGCGGAAGGAGUCCACUACCCAGCUCAACACCUCAAGUGCAGCAGUAUCCGAGCCCGCGCCGACCAAAGAACCCGGUCAUCUAGUCGAGACAUCGAAAUCUUCCCGUGGAGAAGUGGUGGCAAACACGUACGAGCCGGCAGAGAACAUCAUCCUGCGUCUUAGUUUGACAGAAGCUCUCGUCUGCACCAUGGUCUGCAAAAGCUUCAAAGAGGUCGUAGAGACCUCCAUCGGUCUACGCAAAGCACUACGAAGAACCGUCCGCAUCAACGACACUCCCACCACCGACAAAAUCUUCGGCUCCCCGGUGCUUCCGACAUGUAUCACUCAGCUCAGCAUCAACACAAAGCACAAUGACAAGCUACAAAAGGAAGAACCAGACUUCCUCUUCGUCCGCGUCAAGCUCGCCAACCUCUUCGCCGCUCGCCAAAGAUUCGGCGUGGCAAGGGAGAAGCAGCAUGGUUGGCGCCAGACCAAGAGGAAGCCAAGCGAGUGGUUCCGACUCACACAACUUCCCGACGACCUCAUUUUCGACGAAGAAGGCAUUAAGCUGGGUGGGAUUGUGGAUGCGGCUGAGGAGAUGUACGAGAAGCGGGCGAGGAGGGGCGGCACGUUUCGCAGCCUGACGUUCGCUUUCUACGUUGGGUUGAAGGGUCUGCUUGGGGGCGAGGAGGACGAUGAGUGA